AUGGGAUGUGAAGCAAGUUACCAAAAAUACAAUGAAAAUGUAGAUAUUAUUAGAAAAACAAAAUAUGGAAAAUUUUCUGGUAAAUACUAUACAACGUCAGAUGGAUUUGUCUCAAAUAUAUUUCUUGGAAUUCCUUAUGCCGAACCACCAAUCGGAGAAUAUCGUUUUAAAAAACCAUGUGAAGUAAAAUGCUGGAAUAAUAUUUAUAAAGCACAUAAUUUUAAAGAUCGUUGUAUACAAAAUGAUACAAUUUUAGAAACAAUACAAAAUUAUGGAUCUAAAAAGUCAGAAGAUUGUUUAUAUCUUAAUAUUUUUACUCCAAAUUUUGAAGCAUCAAAAAAUCAGUUAAAAAAAAACACUUUUUAUCCUGUAUUUUUUUUUAUUCAUAGUGGUGAAUAUACAUCUGGUAGUUCAAAUGAAUUCGAAUAUAAAAAUAUUGUUGAUUCAUUAAUUCGAUAUAAUAUAAUAAUUGUAACAAUGAAUUAUAGACUUGGAUUUCUUGGACAUUUUUAUACUGGUGAUGAAACAUGUCAAUCAAAUUUGGCAUUAUGGGAUUUACAUGCUGCUUUAAAAUGGGUAAAAAGUAAUAUUGGUGCUUUUGGAGGUAACAAAGAUAAUAUUACUGUUGGUGGAAAUUCUUCUGGAGCAGUUUAUGCAGAUAUAUUAUCUUUAUCUCCAAUAACAAGAAAUUUAUUUCAACGAACUAUAGUUAUUGAUGGAGCUGCUACAAUAUCAUGGGCUUUGUCUAACUCAAAUUCUUUGAUUGAAUUAUGUAGAAAUAAAGCAUUAGAAUUAGGUUAUAUAAGAGAAGGAAAAUCUAUUAAUGAUUCUUGGACUAAAAAAGAUAAUGAAAAUAUGAUAAAAUAUUUAAGAACUUUACCAUCAGAAAAAUUUGUAAUUUCACGAUCAAAAACAGUUAAUUAUAUUUGGGAUCAUUCUACAAAAAUUGGACCAGUAAUUGAUGGUGAAUUUCUACCUCAAAGUAUUAAACAAUUAAGAGCUGAAUCAGAACCAAAACCUGUCAUACUUGGUUAUACUCAACAUGAAGAAUUAUUAUUAGGUUUACUUGCAGGUGUUUAUAAUAUCGAAACUUUAGUUGAUAAUGUGACAAAAAGUUUUAAAAAAUAUUGUGCAAUGCGUGGGACAAUAUUUACAUAUGAUCAAACAAAAAGUAUAAUAUUUGGAAAUAUUACAGAUGAAAUUAAAAAUAAUAAAAAAUUAUAUAAAGAUUGUGUAUUAAAAUCAUUAAGAGAUUUUACAAUGGUUUCUUAUAUAAUAGAGUAUUGUAUACAACGACUAGAAGCAAGCUGUUUUUAUGAUGAAACAUCAAAUGAUGGAACAUUUUCUAGAGAUAAAGAAGAUCAAAAUACAUCACCAGUUUAUAUAUAUAGAUUUGAUAAUUUUAAUUCAAAUAAAUCUAUCAUAAAUCGAAAUUCAUCUUAUAUUCAAAUUUCUAACAUUAAUGAAAUUGAUUAUUUAAUUAAGUGCAACAAAAAUAUUUUUUCAACGAAAUCAAUUAAUGAUAAAAUUAUAAGAUACAUGUUUAUAAGAUGGAUCAUAAAUUUUAUUAAAUAUGGUAAUCCAAAUGAUGACAAUACUACACUUUAUUACAAUAUUUAUUGGAAACCUGCAACAAUAACUUCUACAGAAAUGUGUUUACGAUAUUUAAAAAUUUCUAUUUAUCCAAAAAUGGAAUCUAAAAUAUGUGAUGAAAAAUUUUUUAAAAAAGCAAUGAUUUUUAAUUUACUUAGAAAUAUCAAUGUCACAUAUAAUGAUGAAAAUUCUAUUAAAACAUUAGUAAGUGAUUAUGAUGGUGACACAAUUGAAUUCAAAACUUUAGAUAAAACUCUUAGCAUAUAA